GAAGUUUAACAGCUCGAGCCACAGACUUCUCCAGUCCUGUGAAGAACAUACAGGAACAGUGCUGGCAUCUUUUCAUUCACAACAUCAGCACAGAUCUCUCGUCCAGAAAGCAUCAUGGCAUGCAAUGUUCACAUAAACUCGUGUGCAAAGCUUCUGCUGCUGUUGGUCGUGUUGUGCGCGGCUCGCGCUUUUGCUGAAAGAACUAAAACCCUCGACUUCGAUGUCAAACCUGGAGGAGUUGUGCAGACUUUCUCUGCUAAACUCAAAAAGUAUAAAUGCACCUUCACAUAUGCGUGUCAAGGAGGAACCAAUGAGCAAUGGCAAAUGAGCGUUGGACUAAGUGAUGAUGAGCAGAUGUUUUCCUGUUCAGUAUGGAGGCCUCAAGGGAAGUCCUACUUGUUUUUUACCCAGUUCAAAGCAGAGAUAAAAGGAGCCAAGAUUGAGUACGCCACUGCAUAUUCCCAGAUGGCCGUGGGUGGACAGAGGGAUGUUGCUUUGAAGGAAGAAGAGUACAUUGUAUCGGAGUCUUCAGUGACCCACAGAGAAGGGAAAUUCCAUUCGGAGCUUUCCAAGCUCACUGUCAUUGGUCGGACACGCCACGAUGAACUCUGAUUCGCCGACCCGAAAGAGGAUUGUCCUAUCACUCGGGGACAUUUAUUUGACAGCUAUGGACACUCUGCCACUUAACUGCUCUCUGUCAUAAGUCAAGCAAAGGAAAUCAAACCACAGGAAGUUAUGAAAGAACGAACUUCCUGUGAUAGAAAAUACUAGAGAUUUCCCCUAGAGGCAGCAUUAUGCCAGAUGUCAAGAACUGGACUGAUUGGAAAGUCUAUUAUUGGACAUGAGGGAAAUAAAAUGUACAUGCACAUUUAUUCAAAUAUGUGAGGUGAUAUGAAGGCUUUUUCAAAUUAAGUUCAGAGCAGUUGAUUGGUUUCUAUCCCUGGCAGCAUUUAUCGGUUUAGGGAUUCAGCCUGACUUUGACUUCAUACCUGCAAAUCUGAUUAUCAUGAGCGCAUUCAUGCUCAUACUUACUUUCUUAAGCUGGUGUAAUGGUACACUCAUAGAGAAUUUCCGCUUAAUCUUUGGGGUUUGUCAGAAUCCUUUGAUUAUUUCUGUGGUGGAGGAAAAGACAGAAAAUCGUGCUUUAUUCUGAUAGCUGAUGUACUGGAUUUUUUAAAUAAAUCUGUUAUCAAAACC